AUGAGGACAGAACUGUAUUUCCUUUCAUCUCAGAAGAAUCGCCCCAGCCUCUUUGGAAUGCCACUGAUUGUUCCAUGUACUGUGCAUACCCGGAAGAAGGACUUGUAUGAUGCGGUUUGGAUUCAAGUGUCUCGAUUAGCCAGCCCACUCCCACCUCAGGAAGCCAGUAACCAUGCUCAGGAUUGUGAUGACAGUAUGGGCUAUCAAUAUCCCUUCACUCUACGAGUUGUGCAGAAAGAUGGAAACUCCUGUGCUUGGUGCCCAUGGUAUAGAUUUUGCAGAGGCUGUAAAAUUGAUUGUGGGGAAGACCGAGCUUUCAUCGGAAAUGCCUAUAUUGCUGUGGAUUGGGACCCCACAGCUCUUCACCUCCGCUAUCAAACAUCACAGGAAAGGGUUGUCGAUGAGCAUGAGAGUGUGGAACAGAGUCGACAAGCACAAGCUGAGCCCAUCAACCUGGACAGCUGUCUCCGUGCUUUCACCAGUGAGGAGGAGCUAGGGGAAAAUGAGAUGUACUACUGUUCCAAGUGUAAGACCCACUGCUUGGCAACCAAGAAGCUGGAUCUCUGGAGGCUUCCCCCAAUCCUGAUUAUUCACCUUAAACGAUUUCAAUUUGUAAAUGGUCGAUGGAUAAAGUCACAGAAAAUUGUUAAAUUUCCUCGUGAAAGUUUUGACCCUAGUGCUUUUUUGGUACCAAGAGACCCGGCUCUCUGUCAGCGUAAACCACUCACACCCCAGGGGGAUGACCUCUCUGAGCCCAGGGUUCCGGGAGGAGACGUGAAGAAAGUGGAUGCUCAGAAUUCAGCUGGGGAAGAGGAUGUGCUCCUAAGCAAGAGCCCAUCUUCACUCAGUGCAAACAUCAUCAGUAGCCCUAAAGGUUCACCUUCUUCAACAAGAAAAAGUGGAACCAGCUGUCCCUCCAGCAAAAAUAGCAGCCCUAACAGUAGCCCUAGGACUUUAGGGAGGAGCAAAGGGAGGCUCCGGCUACCCCAGAUCGGCAGCAAAAAUAAACUGUCAAGUAGUAAGGAGAACUUGGUUGCCAGCAGAGAGAAUGGGGCUGGACAAGUUUGUGAGCUGGCUGAUGCCUCGAGCCGAGGGCACAUGCUGGGGGGCAGCCAAACUGAGCUGAUCACCCCUCAGGACCAUGAAGGAGCUCUGGCCAAUGGAUUUCUUUAUGAGCAUGAGGCAUGUGGCAAUGGCUACAGCAAUGGUCAGCUUGAAAACCACAGUGAAGAAGACAGCACCAAUGACCAAAGAGAAGAUGUUCAUGUUAAGCCUAUUUAUAAUCUAUAUGCAAUUUCGUGCCAUUCAGGAAUUCUGGGCGGGGGCCAUUAUGUCACUUAUGCCAAAAACCCAAACAGCAAGUGGUACUGUUACAAUGACAGCAGCUGUAAGGAACUUCACCCAGAUGAAAUUGACACCGACUCUGCCUACAUUCUUUUCUAUGAGCAGCAGGGGAUAGACUAUGCACAAUUUCUGCCAAAGAUCGAUGGCAAAAAGAUGGCAGACACGAGCAGCAUGGAUGAAGACUUUGAGUCUGAUUAUAAAAAAUACUGUGUGUUACAGUAGAGCUGCCGCUCUGGCUGCUAGGCAGGCUGGUGGUGAGGGGGACGGCUCCCUGUAGCUGACAUUUGGCAGAAGCGUCGCUGAAAGGCAAGCUAAAUGUAGUUAUUUUAUCCUGUGACCCUGAAGCACAAAAUAAAAAUCCUAAUUAAAAUAGCAGUUAACAUAACAGUAGUAAUACUUUGGUUUGGAAGUGUCUCACACGAGCUCUCUGGUAGAGAACUUUCAGACAGAGCCCACCAUUGGCCUGAAACAAAAGGGUUUGGCACCAGCCACCUGGGACCAAAUAAGAACUAAAUUGUGCUUGUCCAGAUAUAAACAAACAUGUAGUGAGUGUAGAGUUUACCAAUAACCAUAACAAAAUGCUAAGAAUUUCCUGGGAGUCAAAGUCAAACAAAAAAUUGUAGUGUUGUCUGGGGACGACAUGAUAUGCUACCUCCUUUUUCCUGAAGUUUUAUUCCAUUAUAUUGACAAGAUGGAGAAAGCAAGAUCAGAAGGUGUGCAAAGGAUUCUUCUGGCAUGGACACACAUUUUUCUAUUUAUUUUUAAAACCAUUUCCCCCACUCUUUCUAUGCCUCUCUUGCUUUUCGUUUCUGUUGUUGUGUUCGUGUUUGAGACACAACCAGUCAUUCGUGGCAGAGGCAUAUAGAAGUGGUCAGUUCGGAAGGGAGACUCUCUCAAGAGCUGUGUGCCUUCUACCCAGGGCCAUGGUCGGAGACCCUGUAGGGGGAAAAAAAGCAUCCUGGGAAAUCCAGCUAAAGUAGCCCUGCACAUAGAGGCAUCUUACGUUGAGGAUACUUCAAGUGUCCUCAGAAAUGGAUCCCCCACCCCUGCUGAAGCACAGUAGGAAAGUUGCCAAUAUUUGCACCAUCAUUACAUGCCCACGUUGCACAAGAGCUUCUGAGAGGGAAGGUGGCAUCAAAGCUAGAUGGUGUUUUACAACUAGGGGUUGUUUGUUCUUUGUUUCUUUGUUUUGCACUUUAAAAAAAGAGAAUACAUGCAAAUGGACUUUUUUAAAACAUGUUCAUAUUUGAUGGCUGUAAGGGCUAUAAAUUAACUUGAAUAGGGGGUAUUUUUCCCCAUCAUAUUAAAUUUAAAAACAAAACACAUCCCAGACACUGAUAGUAUGUAUUUUUUAUUUAAUUGGUGGGUUUAGGAAGUAAACUUUUAUUUUGUUUGCAUGUCCAUUUCUUUGGGGUUUUUUGUUUUGUUUUGUUGGUUUUUUUGGUGUUUGUCUUUUUUUUCUUUGUUUUUUUAAUAAUUUCACAGUAGUGGUCAUCAAAAGUUACGUUUCUUUGCUCGCUUCAUUUUUUUCCUCUGAUAAUUCAAAACUGGAACAAAAGUAUAAAUGUUAUUUAUUUUGGGCAGCAUUUUUUUCCCUGUGUUGUUUUUAAAUAUAUGUAAAGUAAAUAUUCCCCCCUCCUUUUUUUUUUCCAUUCUUUUUUUAUUCAUCUGGACCCUGGAAGUGAUUCUCAUUAAUUGUCAGAUUUCAUUAACCUUCCUUCCUCAUGGAUAGUAGCUACCAAUGUAAUUAAGCAUUUGUGUUCUGAUACCUGAGGCAGGUUAUUAUCCAGUUCUUCUCAGAGCAUUUGGAAAGGUUGUUUUAAAUGGAUACCUAAGUUAAAACCCUAUUCAGAAAAAGACUGUAAUUACAAGUAGGAAGGAGUGGCCUAAAUGGUAAAAUAUGAUGAAGUCAGACAAAAUGCAGGCUUUAUAGUUUCAUGAUUUCAGUAUAUAAAAAUCUGUCCAUUUCUACCUGGACAAGUCCCGUGAAAAAGUGGAAGAUUUAAAAUAAUUUCCUUACAGAUGUUUUAUUUAAGCAGGUAGCACAAUCUACUAAUGUUGUUUGAUCUGUGUUUGUUAUAUUGGUUGUAAUUAAUUUUUUAAUUCAUGACUAGCAGAAAAUUUAUUAAAUUAACUAUUAACUACAUUCACCUUGUAAAUUACUGUAUAAAACUUGUUGACAAUGCACUGACUUUAGAAAGAUGUUAAUGUACAUAAAUAGAGUGUAAAUAAAAUAGUGUUGAUGUACUGAAAUAUGAACUGUAUAAAAAAGUAUUGGUAAUUGUAUAUGGAGUGUACCUGUUUAUCUGUAACUAUUAUCCAAACAAAUUAAAUACUGUGGAUGCAUC